AUGCCGAUGGCGGAUUUGCAGUCGGAGGGAAGGUCCGAUCGGGUGGUUCAGCGGCGGACUUCGGCGAUCGGCAAGGAGAAGUUGACGGCGGAGGGGAGCUCGCCUCGACGCCAUCGGGGGAAAAAGACCUCGCCGGGAAAGGAGAAGAAGGAGAACGACGCUGGGGAGCUUUCUCACUCUUCGGCAGAGUUGAGGUCGGCGACAGAAACCGGCGGGAAUAGCCGCCGAGGAAGCUCUUCGCCACCGAAGGGGGUGCUGGAGUCGAAGAGGAAGAAGGAGCAUUCGCCGGGAUUGAGGAUCGAACAGCUAGAGAGGAGAAUCGCGCAAGGAAGGCCGGGACUCUCGAUGGUUUCCUUGGCGGGGGAUCUGAUCGGGUGGGUGUAUCGGGCUCCCGUGGCAGCAUCGAGUGACGAGGACGCAAGGAUAAGGAGGUGGCCGGAACUUCUUGGUGCCGGGUGGUGCGUUCUACACUGA